AUAAACUGUUUUAAAAUGAAUUUUGUAUGCCAAGAAGGCGAGUAAUUGCAUUUGGAAUAAAACCUUCAUGUCGAGAGGAACACAUCGAGGUUCACCGACUUUACAGCUAUUACCCCUGGUCAUCGGGCUACUGGUAUCUAUCUAUCAAUCUCCCUUGGGGAGUCUUUUAACUCCGCUAAGUGCAGCCGACACUUUGGCGCAACGGAAUUAUACCACCCUCGCAGGUACCCAUUAACACCUGGUUGGAGUGAAGCAAUCGCAGAUUUGCAUAGCAAUACAAUUUUAAAAGAAUAUCUCAGAGAAAAAUGACACAGUAUCAAAACCAUUCAGUCCUUAUUUCGAACUUACUUGAUUACAAAGGAUAUGGAGGACGAAUGUUAUCAAUUAGAAGGAAAAUGCAAAGUAGUUAUGCAGAUGAUAUGAACAAAAAGAGUUCUUGGUUUGAAUUUAGCACAAUUAUAGUUGGAAGUAAAGCCGAGGGUCUUUCAGGUCCUCUUGAGAAUGAUUCUGAUAUUAUGAAAGUUCUAAAGGACACAGUCUGCAAAGAACAUUUUACUUCAGUAACAUACGAACGUGAGCAUCAAUUCAAACUGGCUUUGGAUCAUUCGCGCCCUGGUUAUUCAUUACUACAAACUAUUCAAAUUUGUAAUAGUGUUUGGACUGCCACACUACUUUAUGAAUCGAUGGUUGAACUGGCUCCGAAUACAUUAUACCUUUCUAGUGAAUUUUUAAAAAAUAAAAUAAAAGCGUUAAUCAUUGAUGGAUUAUGUAAAAUGCCCAGAAGUCAAGAGUUUGUUAACAUACAUAAUGAGACUCAAGGUCCUUCAAUAGUAUUUGAUUCCCCAGGACUAACUGAUACUGUUACAGCACUUAGAUGCGAAUGCCCUUCUUAUUUAUCGGCAUGGCUGUGUAGAGAAAGGAAUUAUCAAUGGCCGCCUAUUGCAGUCGUCAGAGAAGUUUCAAAUUUAGAUUCACACGUGGUUCCAGUAGGACAUACGGCUAGCUGUUUUCAAUUCUUAGAAUGGAGAAUAUGUUUCACCAAAGGAGAAAUUAGAUUGGUUCAUAGUUUAAAUGAUUGUCUUAUAAAAGUUUUAAUAUUGCUAAAACAAAUUGCUAAAGUUACAUUGAAACCUUUAAGUAAAGAUAUGUCUACCUAUCUUAUGAAGAAUGUAGUAUUCUGGUUAGCUGAACUAAAUGACUAUGAUUGUUUUACUCAAUAUGCAUUGAUAGUGGCACUUAAAAAAGCACUUGCCUACCUGAAGCAUUUUGUUGUGACGAACAAUUUUCCAAGCUAUAUGAUUCCGCAAAGAAAUUUGCUCGAAGGCAAACUAACACACUCACAACGAAUCAAAAUUUGUAUGAGAAUUGACUCUCUUCUAAAAGAAGGACCACACAUGGUGUUGAAAAUUGCAAAGAUCCGAACUGCUAUUUCAAUGUGUUACAAGUCACCAACUGUAUUUAGUCGAAUUUCAAUGAAGUUACAUGAGAUACAUAUUAUACUUUAUCUAUUCGCUCACCUUUAUAUUCACUCUCUACCAGAAACUCCACAUAAUUUGGCCGAUACAACAAGAAGUUAUUUUUCAAGUAGAAUAGCGGGGUUUAUUCUUUGUAGACUCUCUUCGUCUAUGUUGGACGUAGAACAAUGUUACAAAGACCUAGGCUACUUUAAAUUUAGUGAUUCUGGUGAUAAUAUUUCUUCUCUAAUUUCUGAAAUGUUAUGUUAACAUACCUUAACAGAACCCACAAGUGAUAGAUUGUGACCUUGAAAAAUAUUCUUAUGAAGAAGCUUUAUUGCAUUUCCCCCUUGAAAUUUCAAAUAAUAAGUCUACCAUAACAUUUUUAUGCUAAUGUGCUGCAGGUAAAAUCAUGCUUGUUAACCCGGGCAAAAUUUGCACACAAUUUAAACUUUUAUUUUCUGGAAGAUUCUAAACCAAAAAUUUCUCCAAAGCUUCCCUCCCGAAAAACUCCAAAUUAUAAGAUGACCGCCAUCAACUGAAAAUGUUCAUGUUAAAUUUAUAAAAUUAAAGCAUUUAUAUUAAUUAAUAUAUUGGAUGGUGGUUUGGGUUAACAGAAUUAGAGCUUUUUAAAGGUGGGGUAUAGCACAAGAAUGAUUUUCAUAAUAGAGUGUAUAAAUGCUGGACAUAUAUAAAUAUAUCACGACUAGGGGGCCGUGAGGGAUGUUGCACUUAUUCAUUAUCCCUCAUGUACAGACUCAAUCAAACUGAAUCUGCAGUUGUCAUGUAAUUUUGUUGUCAUUAAUGCUUCCGAGGGAUCACUUUCUUUCCAGAUUUUUUUACAUGGUACAAAGAAUUGAUGAUGAAAAGAUGAUCUUAUUUUAUCUCUCGUAUUUGAUUUAUCAAGAUGGAGGGUGAUCAAGUGAAAUAUAUCAAUUCUGUUUGCUAACUUGUUAUAUCUGUCAAAAUUUGCCUAAACAACAUAUACCAUGUUCCGUGCAAAUAUAUUCCGAUUCCAGUGAUAUAAAACUUUCUUGUUAUGCUUGCCAAAUUUAAAUACAUGUAUGUUAGUUUUGUUAAUUUUCGUUUAUUACUCAAUUUGUUUGUUAUUCAUUUAUCCUUUCUUUAAAUUCAAUCGAAUCGCCGUAUACGUCAGAUACAAUGAUAGUAUUUUUUCCAAGAGUGUGUUCAUACAUGUGAAGAAGACUUUGCCUCGGACAAUUUGUUAUUUAUCCUAGUAUACUGUCUUGAUACGUCUUUUAUAAGACACUUUUGAAAAAAAGCUGGUACUGUAUCCAUUACUUAUUAAACAUUUUGACAUAUUAAAACUGUUUCAAGCAGAAUUUGAAAUAAUGUUUCAAUACUAUAGAUACAAGAUGAUAGAUUUUAAAGUAAAAUACAAAUUAAGACAAAAUACUCAAACUUUUAAAAGAUAUAUACUAACAUUUAGAUAAUUUCAAGGACCUUGUCUUUGUUUGUAUGUAUAUGUAUGUUGUCAUUCUAUAACAUACGAAUAUCGCAAAUGGAAAUUGUUUAACAAUCUCAUUGUAUAUAUGUUUAGUUAUGUACAAUAUUUGUGAAUAAAAGAA